GGACUGCCGCAGGAUCUCGAUGCUCUCCGACAGCUUAUCGUAGAUGCAGGGUUCACUGAGAGACGAGCCCAUGAUCCCGAGCGAGUGUCGCGUUCAGUCAGAGCCGCGUCUUCAUCAUCAUCUUCAUCAGCAGCAGCAGCAGCAGCACAAUCAGGUGUUUGAUCGACAGCAGGGGGCGCGCGCGCUGCGAGGAGCGAGAGCGCGCAUGCCCGUGUCCCGCAUUGUUUGGAUCAGCUGUGCGUGGAUGUGAAACCCCACCCAAUGAGGAAGGACGAGCCGUGAGCAGCAGAUCCGGACCACGACAGCACGAGCCCCGCAGCCGAACCCGCACCAUGAUCGCGUUAUUCAACAAGCUGCUGGACUGGUUCAAGGCCUUGUUCUGGAAGGAGGAGAUGGAGCUGACGCUCGUCGGCCUGCAGUACUCGGGGAAAACCACAUUCGUCAACGUGAUUGCGUCGGGUCAGUUCAGCGAGGACAUGAUCCCUACGGUCGGCUUCAACAUGCGCAAGAUCACCAAGGGAAACGUCACCAUCAAGUUGUGGGACAUCGGCGGUCAGCCGCGCUUCCGGAGCAUGUGGGAGCGAUACUGCCGCGGCGUCAGCGCUAUAGUGUACAUGGUGGAUGCGGCGGAUCCGGAGAAGAUCGAGGCGUCGAAGAACGAGCUGCACAACCUGUUAGACAAACCGCAGCUGCAGGGAAUCCCAGUUCUGGUUUUGGGCAAUAAGCGAGAUCUUCCCGGAGCUCUGGACGAGAAGGAGCUCAUCGAGAGAAUGAACCUGUCGGCCAUCCAGGACAGAGAGAUCUGCUGUUACUCCAUCUCCUGUAAGGAGAAGGACAACAUCGACAUCACACUACAGUGGCUGAUCCAGCACUCACGGACCCGGCGGAGCUGAGGAGGCGGAGCUGGCGUCUGAUUGGAGGAACCGCAUCAUGUGAUCAACUGUAUUUUAGGCGCUCUUGAUUUCAUUCUAAACAAACAAGCAUCCGCCCCUCCUUCUAUUCUUAUAAACUAAUUCACAUCAUUUACAUUGUUUAUUUUUGUUUUUACUUGAAUGUGCUUUUUUACGGUUCAUCAUGAAGUCCGGACGUGUCACAUGACGCGUUCUGCGUGUUUUUGCUAGGAGACUUGAUCAAACCUCAACCGACGCCCACAGCAUUUGUCAGAACCAGCGCUCUGUGGUCACGUGAUUCACGGCGGUCCAUUUUACGCUGCCAUCUUGUUUUAACGUUUUUCCAACGUUCCACAUGCUCUCUGAACAUUCACUGGGAGAAUUCACCGAUUUUAACUGUUUUAGCAUCAUUAGCCUGUUAGCGAGACCUGAUGCUGGCGUUGUUCCUAUGGAUUUGACAUCAUCAGAAAAGUGACGUAAACGGCUUUGUUGACAUUAACAGUCACUUACGAAGUCAACUUUUAGUUGUUUAACAAAGUUGUACGUUUGCGACUUUAUUAAGUCGAUUUAACGAAGUUGACUUUGACAAAGUCCUUUACAAAGUUGUCUAUAACCUGGUGCUGCCGUCGUUCCUACGAAUGUGACAUCAUCUAGGUUUGCGCUAAUCACAUAACAUUACGAAAUCUGUCGUUUUAACAGAAAGCGCACAAAUCCGUCGGAAAGAGUUUAACGUGUCCAGGUGAAGGUUUUAUAUGUUUCCUCCAAGUCGCCGUGACGACAGCGUUGUGUCAACGACAUCAGUGGGUUGUCAUGGCAACUGCAUUCUCAUUGCGUCGAGUUUUAGAAACAUCAGUCCACGAACCUUGUCAGUGUUUAGAGGAAUAUUUGAUCGCAAUACAGUGUCAGAUGACAAACGUUGAUCGAUCUCUGUCGGACCCGCAGAUCGUUGCGCAAAUAAAAACAGCGGAGAUGUGACGAAUAUCGUGCAGAUCUCCUGCUGUCGUCCAGUGGUGGUUCUGAACGCUGUUCAUAUUGGGGAGAGACAAAGAUUUUUUUUCCACUUAGAUUAUUUUGUUUUAUUUUUUUUGUCGCGUAUGUAGAUGUUUUUGGCCUAAAUCAUAACGAUUUAUAAACGUGUCGGUUGAUUAUACAUAUGUAAAUUUACAUAUUUUAUCAUUCUUUUGGUUGUUUUUAGCAUGUUUUUACUCAUGUUUUUUCACAGUGUUUUUCAACUGGAUUAUGUAAAUAGCAACUUAAACCAAACGAGAUCUCCCUCCUGAGCGUUACGGUGUUUGUCCUAUUGUGAUUAGCUUCCUAUGAUGAUAAUAAUAAUAAUAAUAAUAAUAAUAAUAAUAAUAAAGAAGACCCCACUCAUAUUCACAGCAAUCUGAACAAACGGAUUGUGUGUGUGUGUGUGUGAAUGUGAAUGUGUGAGUGAUUGUGUUUGUGUGCACGAAUGCCGUCAUAUAGACUAGAAUAAUAUUUACUUUCUAAAUGCAGCAGGUUCAUUCAGUGGAUUUUUCGCAACUGCAAAUCAUUUUAUAUUCAUCUCCACUAAUGUUUUGAUUUGUCAUGAUUUCAUAGGGUGUGCGUCUAAACCUCGUCUACACAAGAGCAAACGACGUAAUGUGACAAAACGGCGAUAAUCAACAAAGCUACACUGCUAACACAGCUAGCCGGUUACGAAGUUGACGUGACAAAGUUCACGUGAUUACCCUGGUUACGAUGGUAACCAUUGUUACACAAGUUAUUUACACUACAAUACAACUGCUAACUUGCUAUUAGCAUCAUUGUCAUCGAAAAGUGACGUAAACAGCAUUAAAAGUCAUUUUACGACUUGUAGAUAUUUAACGAAGUUGUGCGUUUGUGACAUAGACAAUUUUAUUAUAAUAUAUAAAGAUGGCGUAAUGAAUUUGACUUUACAGAGUCCUUUUGUUUUGUAAUUAUUUAUUUUUAGUCAAAUUUGUUGAUUGUUACGUUCAUAAUCAAGUGGCGAAGCAGUUUGCAAGAAAACAACAGUUACGCAACAAAUUUGUAAAUUACUUUUUCAAAGUUGACUUUUUUUUCAGUCUGCAUUUUACUUAUUUAAUGAAAUUCUGCGCUUCUGACAUAGACAAAUUUAUUAUAAUGAAGUCGAUGUAACGAAGUUGACAAAAAAAAAUAAUAAUGUUGAUGAAAAAAUAAUGUUUAUAAUGGAUUUUUUUGAAAGUCAACUUUGUUAGUAAUAUCGAAGUCAUUUGCGAAGUCGAACUAACGAAGUUACGUUCAUAAUUCACUUCGUUACAAUCCAGUGGCAAAGUGGUUUGCAAGCACACGUUACGUAACACCAAGUUUGUAAAUGACUUAGCUCACUUUGCAAAAGUCGCUUACGAAGUCAAACUAACGAAGUCAACUUUGUUGAUUAUAACAACAAUUUACGAAGUCAUCCUAAUGAAGUUAUGUUCAUAAUCUAUUAGCGAAGUGGUUUCAAUACUUUGUUACUUGACUUUGUUGGGUUCGUAAAUUUGUAUUCAAGUUCGUAAUGACUUUGUCGAAGUUGACUUUUAAAAAAUGGAAUGCAUUUCAGUUAUUUAACGAAGUUGUGCACUUGCGACAUAGACAACUUUAUUAUAAUGAAGUCGAUGUAACGAAGUUGACUUUACGAAGUAACUUUAUUUUGUCUCAAAUAGAUUAUUUUGAGAGUCAACUUUGUUGAUUGUUACGUUCAUAAUUCAGUAUAUUUUAAUCAAGUGGCAAAGUGGUUUGCAAGCACACAACUUAGCUACGCAACAAGAAGUUCGUAAACGACUGUUGAAGUUGACUUCGUAAUGACUGUUUUAAUAACUUUGUCAAAGUUGACUUUUUAAAAACAAACAUGCAUUUUAGUUAUUCAAUGAAGUUGUGGGCUUGCAACUGACAGCUUUAUUAUAAUGAAGUCGAUUGUAACGAACUUAACUUUACGAAGUCUUUUACGAAUUCACCUUAUUUUGUUUAUAAUAGAUUUUUUGGAGUCAACUUUGUUGGUAAUAACAAAGUCAUUUGCGAAGUCGAGCUAACGAAGUUAUAUUUAUAAUUCAUUUUAUUACAAUCCAGUGGCAAAGUGGUUUGCAAGCACACAAAUUACGUAACACCAAGUUCGUAAAGGACUUAGUUCACUUUGCAAGAGUCGCUUACGAAGUAAAACUAACGAAGUCAACUUUGUUGAUUAUAACAACAAUUUACAAUGUCAUCCUAAUGAAGUUAUGUUCAUAAUCUAUUAGCGAACUGGUUUCGCAACUUUGUUACGUGACUUUGUUGGGUUCGUAAAUGACUUUGCUCACGUCAACUUCGUAAAAGUCACAAUCUAACCAAGCUGACUUUGAUUAUAAUAUCGUGAGCGCUUUGUUGAUUGUAACGAUCUGAUUGCCGUUUUGUCAUGUUGCGUGUUUCGACAUUUGAUUUUCUGCUGCUCAUGUUUACUCCUGUCAUCAGUUCAUCUGGACUCUCAUGAUCGUCUGUAUGUGUGUUGAUUUAAUUAUUUUUUUUAAAUGUCUAAUUACAUGUGGCCAUAAUGUUUGUUUUGAUGUCAUUGUUUUAAUUGUUUGUAGCAGAGUCGCUUUUUUGUUUCCUGGGGAAUCAUGUGACUUCACACUGAUGUCCCGCUGCAUGACUCAUUAGGGGAUGGAGCAGGUUGCCAUGGUUACUGUAUAAUUCAAGUUGUGAUUGGACCGAGCGUGAUGUUCUUUUCCCCCCUCUUUAUAUGGACCAGGCAGUAACUUUUUACAGCAGUCAGUCACAUAACAAGUGUUUCUGUACAAGACUCCAUCAGUUGAGUUGUUCAUUUGGGAUCUUUCUAUUCUCUCGUACUCGCGGUGAUAACUGUACAUGUUGUUCUUGUUAUUUACAGAUUAUUUAAAAAUGAAAUUAAAUGAUUUCCCUAUCAGAA